AUGUCUGAUCCACCGCAAAGUAAAUUCAAUUAUCCUUUAAUUGGAGACAGCUGGAAAUUUAUAGCAUCGCCAAGUCUUUGGUCAAGAGGACUCGCGGAACAAUGUGACGUUGUACGAGCAGAUAUUCGUGGAUUAAACGGGAUGAAAUAUACAACAGUAUAUCAUUUAUGUGGAAAUGAAGCAUUACAAGUAUUUUAUGAUGAAGAAAAUGUUGUUCGUGGACUUUUUCAUUCUCCUCCUGAUUCUUAUAUGUUUGGCGAUUGGUUGGAUGUAACCCCAAAGAUGAAUCGUACCUCGCAUCAAGAAAGAAAAGCUAUAUUAUUGCAAGCCACACAUAGCGCCGAAAAUGUGAAUCGUUUUCUUAACACAGUUGGAUCGUUGACCGAUGAAUUUAUUGAAAGCUUAAAAUCUAAAAUACUUCCAAUUGGGUUGCCCACUAUUAUACUGUUCAAUUUUCAUAUUCGUAAAUUUUGUGCGCAAGGAUUAGAAGACGCAAGAUGGAUAUUUAACUUUUCGCGAAAACGUUUACUAGAGCAUCAAAAAUUUCACGGUCAAUAUAAUGAUACAAUGCAAUUAUUAAUUAAUGCGACCCCAAGAUUGAAGGACGAUGAAAUAAUCACUGAAAUCAAUCAUUUAUUCUAUGCCAUAAGUGGAAUAAGUUCAAUUGUCAGCGGUGCAAUCAUUCUUUUGUGUAAAAACAAAAAUACAGAAGUAUUCAGUAAAACGAUGCAAGAAAUCGCAUCGAAUCUCGAUUUUUUGCAAUCAUACGACCACAAAAGUAAUUUAACUGGGAAUUUUGUCAGAAAAAAUUUUCCAUAUUUGGAAAAUGUUAUCAAGGAAACUAUUAGAAUUUACCCGAUUGAACCUUUGAAAUUCGGGACGGUUAUUCGAGAGAUGAUUGUAAGAGGAUUUAUUAUUCCGAAAGGAAGCGUUGUUGCUGCUGGACUUUGGGCUAAUGGGUUUAAUAAGGAAAGAUACCCGGAUCCUGAUUCUUUUCGUCCAGAAAGAUAUGAACAAGAAAUAAAAGAUACCGAGAAUGGAUUCGAUUGGACUCCAUUUGGAGGAGGAAAUUUAACUCAGUCUCAUCGAUGUACGGGUCAAGUUGCGGUUUUAAGCAAUUGCAUAUAUUUACUCGCACGACUUUUGUCAGCAUUUGAUUUCACGUUGAUUAAUCCCGAUCAGUCAUUGGAUUAUUCAAAAUGGGUUUCACGUCCUAAAGAUGAACUUCCGGUGAAAAUUCAGUUAAAGACAAUAACUGGUGAUCAGGAUUCGAUGCCUAAUGAGUCUACCAAAACUCUAAAAAAUAGGUUAAAAAUGCUUUUUUCCAGCUGA